AUGGCUGAAGGCACAAGACUCAAAGAUCUCAAUGAAGGCUUUCAAUCCUUCAAGCGUUCGACAGAAGUUCACAUCCAACAGACCGAUUCCCAGUUUACUACAAUCAGCGUGGAGAUGCAGGCAAUGAGGCGGCAGAUGGAAGCUAUGAUGCAGCAAUUUUCUACAAUGGCGUCAGAUCUGCAUAAAGUUAACACAAUAUUAUCAACUGGACCAAGCAACAAUGGAGAUAGUUCCAUAAAUCAGCAGCUGGUAAAUCACCCAGGAGAUGUUCAACCUCGAGCUGUAAGGUUAGCUUUUCCUGUUUUCAAUGGGGAUGAUCCCCAUGGCUGGCUCUACAAGGUGAAUCAGUUUUUUACCUUCCACAAUACACUUCCACAACACCGUUUACGGUUAAUGUCCUUUCAUGUGGAGGGUAAGGCACUAGUUUGGUUUCAAGAUUUAGAUGAAUCAGGUUUGUUGAUUGGUUGGGAGGAGUUUGUGACAGCUUUAUUGCUAAGAUUUGGGCCUUCUAGUUAUGAUGAUCCUAUGGAACAAUUAACUAGGCUAAGACAAGUGGAUACGGUGGAGGAAUAUAAGGCUAAUUUCGAAGCAUUGUCUAAUCGGCUACGGCGAUUAUCAGAGUCUUAUAAGCUAAGCUGCUUUCUCAGUGGCUUAAAGGAUGAAAUCAGAUUAACUGUUAGGAUGUUUAAUCCAAAUAGUUUAAUGGAAGCUUAUGGGCUGGCCAGAAUUCAGGAGGAGAAAGUUUCUCUCCAUAAGAAAUUAAACCCACGACACCAACAACCCCAUUACAAUGACCCACCAUCUCUUAAACUGUUACCCAAUCCAUACCAGCCAAGACCAAGCCAAACACACACCAACCAUCAUACUAUUGCCCCAAACACUUACCAAGGUAAUGCUGUAGUUCCAGUCCACAAAAUCAGCCAAAGCCAAAUGAAAACAAGGAGAGAAAAAUGUUUAUGUUACCAUUGUGAGGCCAAGUGGCAUCCUGGCCAUCGUUGCCAAACACCACGGCUCUAUCUGAUUGAGGAGGUGGAGGAAGACAUCGAGGAACAAGCAGAGGUUGCUGCACCAAUAGGGGACACACAGGAGUUGUUGGGCAGCUUGAAUCCUGAAAAGUCACCAGAGAUAUCAUUACAUGCAAUUAUUGGAUCCUUGAGUCCAAAAACAAUGCGAGUGAGAGUUAAGGUUGCUAAUGGUGACUUAUUAGACAGUGAAGGGAAAGUAAAGGCGGUGAAUGUGGCCAUUCAAGGGCAAAUGUUUCAGCUGGAUAUGUAUGUAUUACCAUUGGCGGAUGUGACAUGGUACUUGUUAAAAGGGCUCACUAUGAAUACAUGGAUAGAAGAAGGACCAGUUCAAAAACACAAUAAAAUGGAAAACAAAGGGGUGCUGCUACACUUAAUUGACCCACAAAUCAGCCAGCCUACCAUACCACCAAACAUUCAGCAAAUACUUCAUCAAUACCCAGAAAUUUUUUCCACACCAAAAGGCUUACCCCCUACUCGUUCCCAUGACCAUACCAUUACCCUCCAACCCGGAACCCAACCAGUUUCUGUGCGUCCCUAUCGCUAUCCAUAUUUUCAAAAAGACGAGAUUGAGAAGAUUGUUAAAGAGUUGCUGGACUCAGGGGUUAUUCGCCCAAGCCAAAGCCCUUAUUCCUCACCCGUUCUUUUGGUGAGAAAGGCCGAUGGAACUUGGCGACUGUGUGUGGAUUACAGGGCCUUAAACAAGGCCACAGUAAAGGAUAAAUAUCCUAUUCCAGUGGUGGAAGAGCUGCUUGACGAAUUACAUGGAGCUAGGGUGUUUUCCAAGCUCGACUUAAGGUCGGGCUAUCAUCAAAUACGGGUCAAAUCAGAAGAUAUUCCUAAGACGGCAUUUCGCACACAUGAGGGACACUACGAGUUCCUAGUGAUGCCGUUUGGCCUAACAAAUGCCCCAUCCACAUUUCAGAGUUUAAUGAACCAGGUUUUUAAACCUUACUUACGAAAGUUCAUUUUAGUUUUUUUUGAUGAUAUUCUUAUUUACAGCAAAGAUGAGGCAGCUCACUUGGGUCAUUUAAAAGCCACUUUUGACACCUUAAGGGGUAAUCAACUUUAUGCCAAGUUGAGCAAGUGCAGUUUUUGUUGUGAAGAAGUGUCGUAUUUAGGAUACCUCAUUUCUGGACAGGGGGUACGUGCCGACCCAGAAAAAUUGAGGGCAAUGUUGGAUUGGCCCAUCCCAAAGUCCGUUAAGGCCUUAAGAGGUUUUCUUGGGUUGACGGGGUACUAUCGUAAAUUCAUUAAGGGAUAUGGAGCCAUUGCUGCCCGUUUAACAGAUUUGUUAAAAAAGGACAGUUUCACAUGGGGGAAUGAGGCCCAAUCUGCCUUUGAAGCAUUAAAGAAGGCUGUUACACAGCCACCAGUGCUAGCCUUACCUAAUUUUCAAUCUCCUUUUGUUAUAGAGUGUGAUGCCUCAGGGGAGGCCAUUGGAGCGGUGUUAAUGCAAGGGGAAGGCCGAUAG